AUGACUACGAGAGGCGUUUCCGUCCUCAAGUUCGUAGGGACCGUGUCCCUCGGCCUGCUAACAGGCGUGUCUUUUCACCCUCUCGACACUCACAUCCCCGCCCUCCUGACCCUUCCCUCCGCAAACGAUGCCGCGCGCGCGCUCGAAUCGCUUUCCAUCUCGGCCAAGAAGCACCUGCGCACACUGAGCACGGUCUCGGGCUCCGCCUUCGCCAUCGCCUACUACCUCUCCCCGUGCGCCUAUCGUCACCCGUACCUGAUCUACACCUCGCUGCUCGUGUUCGGCUCCCGCUUCAUCACCUCGGGCUUGUUCGGCCCUUACUUCAGCUUCAUCACCCCCGCUGUCCCCGCCUCGUUCUCAUCCGGCAUGUCCUCCGUCUCGUUCGUGACCGCCCGCAGCAGCCAGCAGAAGAAGAAGAGCAGCACGCCCCGCGGCUUGGAGGCUAGCUACGAGGUUCUCGGUGAUUCGGCUUCCCACAGCGAGGCGACUUCGGAUGUCGAGGAGGAGCUGGCCAAUGUCAAUGGCGAGGAGGUCCGCGCCAACGUGGAGGUAUUCUUGAAGAAGAACAUUGUCCAGAGCGCUGUGGCUGGUGUUGCCUUCUUGAUGUCGGUUGUCGGCAUUUGGGGCGAUGGACUGGGUCGCCAGACUAUUGUCAUUGCUUAA